UCAUUUGUGUAUGUGUGUGUGUGUUUAGAAUCAUUCCUUAUCUUUGAAGAAGUGCCAGGAUGGGAUGGCUCACUUGCCGAGAUGACUCCACUUCUCUGGUUCAGAGACAGGAGACAGGAGAGUGGCUGCCUGUCUAUUUACAGAGGAGCCGGGACUCCAGUGCAUCUACAACCAGUGGAUAUCCUAAGAGUCUUGUACUACAGGACGGCUGGCGUGAGGGGAGGGCUCUACUGCAGGGCAUCCAGUGCUAGAGGAGAUCAGUGUAUUGCUGUAUAUUUUAGGGCAGGGGGAUAAAGUCUGUAUGCUAGUACAAUCAAGGUUAGAAUGGGUCCAAGACUGGAGUGGGACCAGGGCUGUAGCCCCAGCUCAGAGUGACGGUCCUCAGGUAUUUCCUCCUAAGACAGCCAGGGUUGGAGUGGACCCAGAGGAGUGUUGGAGCUGUGUAUUUCAGAACAGACAGGGGGAAACCAUCCAGGGCUUUAUUACAUCUACAACACAGGAGGCUGGAUGAAGGGAGGUGUUGCCCUUCUUUGACCACUGUGUGUUCCAGGCAAGCUAUCCAGGGCUACAGUGGAUCUACAGCACCUGUUUCCUGUACAUCCAGGACUGGCGGAGAGGAGAACUGGAUCUGCCUACACUAUAAUUGAUUGGAUUUACAUAACGCUUUUCAGUGUGCAAAGCGCUUUACAUGCCGCUGUAGGCUACACCAGGCAGCUCUCCUUCUUCCCCGAGACGCCAGCGGUCAGAGCGCUGUAUGUCAGUACAUCCAGAAGAAGAGUGGAUCCAGUGCUAUAUCUGAUCUAAAACCAAGGAAGAGCAUAGAGGUGUGGAUGAGACCGCUGUGUUCCUAGACCGCUGUGUUCCUAGACCGCUGUGUUCCUAGACCUCUGUGCUCCUAGACCGCUGUGUUCCUAGACCGCUGUGUUCCUAGACCGCUGUGUUCCUAGACCUCUAUGCUCCUAGACCGCUGUGUUCCUAGACCGCUGUGUUCCUAGACCGCUGUGUUCCUAGACCGCUGUGUUCCUAGACCUCUGUGCUCCUAGACCGCUGUGUUCCUAGACCUCUGUGUUCCUAGACCGCUGUGUUCCUAGACCUCUGUGCUCCUAGACCGCUGUGUUCCUAGACCGCUGUGUUCCUAGACCGCUGUGUUCCUAGACCGCUGUGUUCCUAGACCUCUGUGCUCCUAGACCGCUGUGUUCCUAGACCGCUGUGUUCCUAGACCGCUGUGUUCCUAGACCUCUGUGCUCCUAGACAGCUGUGUUCCUAGACCUCUGUGCUCCUAGACCGCUGUGUUCCUAGACCGCUGUGUUCCUAGACCGCUGUGUUCCUAGACCUCUGUGUUCCUAGACCGCUGUGUUCCUAGACCGCUGUGUUCCUAGACCGCUGUGUUCCUAGACCUCUGUGUUCCUAGACCGCUGUGUUCCUAGACCGCUGUGUUCCUAGACCUCUGUGCUCCUAGACCGCUGUGUUCCUAGACCGCUGUGUUCCUAGACCGCUGUGUUCCUAGACCGCUGUGUUCCACUGUAUUAGAAUCCUCUUGACUUUCUGAGAGGAAGGCGGCCAUUAUGACGGAGUGGACGCUCCUCAAACGUCUCCUGGACGCCGUCCACCAGCACUCCACCAUGAUUGGACGCCUCUGGCUCACCGUCAUGGUGAUCUUUCGCCUCCUCAUCAUUGCCGUGGCGACUGAGGACGUGUAUGCCGAUGAGCAGGAGAUGUUUAUGUGCAACACCCUGCAGCCGGGCUGCGCCACAGUCUGCUAUGAUGCCUUCGCGCCCAUCUCACAGCCGCGCUUCUGGGUCUUCCACAUCAUCAGCGUCUCGACUCCGUCUCUCUGUUUUAUCAUAUAUACAUGGCAUAAUCUGUCGAAGCUGCCGCAGGGACACAGCGGGCAGGGCCAGGGGGUUAACCCAAGGGACUUGCCUCGAGACGGGGGGAAGGAUGGAGGUCGAGAGGCAUUCAACCGGAGCUGUGACUCGGAUAGCUGCUCCAUCCGUUCACACCGGCACUUAGGUCACAGCUUGGCCAAUGUCUUGGAGGGAAUCACUGCCCAGAGUCAGAGCCUCCUAAAGGGAGCUGCCACCACUACAGCCACCACCGCCACGUCUCUAACCCAGGCCAGGGCUCGCGUCUACAGAAAUAGCCACUACGAUGCACCGGGGGGUCCUGGAGGUGGAGGAGGAACUGGAGGCGUCCUCUCCAAGUACUAUGUGUUCCAUGUGUGUUUCCGGGCGCUGCUGGAGGUGGGCUUUGUCAUGGCCCAGUGGUUCCUCUUCGGCUUCCGAGUGCCCGUCCACUUUUUGUGCAAGGCCCCACCCUGCACGCAGCCCGUGGACUGCUACGUGUCACGGCCCACAGAGAAAACCAUCUUCCUCCUCUUCAUGUUCUGCGUGGGGCUCUUCUGCAUCCUCCUCAACCUUCUGGAGCUUCAUCAUCUAGCAUGGAAGAAGAUCAGACACUCAGUGAGGCUCAGGGAGGGAGGAUCAUGGGGGAAUUAUGGGGUAGAGAAAGGGGGGCAGGAAACCUUUGAGACUUUCUCUCCCGACAGCCCCUCGCUGAUGUCGUCUCUGGGCCUUAGGGGUGUCGCCAGUACGACGUUGCUACCGAACUUGGAUCUGGUAGUCGACCACCGGCCUGACUGGACCUGUGCUGGGAACUGUUCCCCAUGUAAUAAGGAGCCUGAUGCUGGUAUAGAGACAGAGCUGCAGCUUCCCAACAACCAGGAUCUCCAGAGAGGAGAGACACAGCUUCUGAAGAGCAAAGGGAAGGGCUGGAAAUCCAAGCUGCGCAGUACGGAGGUCUGGAUAUGAAGGAAAGAAUUGAAACGCUGUAUAGUUCUCUGGCAUUAUUCCAUGACAACUACUAGGGAAUGACUUAUGUUACAGUACACUGUAUUUGCAAGUCCAUACAGAUGUACUGUGGUACUCAUCACUGGUAAUGUUGUUUCCCCAAAAAAUAGAGAAAAUAGACCAGAGUACCUGAGUGUCUGAGGUGUGGAUAUGAGCGAACAUUUGACCAAGCUUCCCUCAGCACUAUGCUGUUUACAACUGUGGUUCUCAAGCAUUUAUGACGCACAAAAACCUUUAGGAAUAGUGACACAUUUUGACUGACUCAACAUUUUUGACUAAAGCUAGAAUAGAACAAGUUGUUCCAGCCACAACCCAAAAGAUUUCAGCCCUCACCUGCCAUUUGGGAAUCCCUGGUCUAUAGACAUGAUAUACUUGGUGAGUCUUAAAACCUGAAAUCCACUAAAAGGAUGAAAAUGUACAUUUUCCACCUUGUACUGUACCAAGGUCAGUUCUAUGCGUGUCAAUUGUCCUAUAUGUGGAAAAUGUUACUUCGUAGCAGGGCUCUGAGCCCUCAAUUAUGAGGGCUAUUUAUUCUAUUGUAUAU